AUGGCUCACCUCGAAUCGCGCAAGCACAUAUCCCCCGACUCAGGUUUCCCCAUCACUCUCCACCCCAACUUCAACCCCAAAAUCAAUCAGCAUGUCCCUCCCGACCCCAUUCGCGAACACUUAAACCCCCCCAAAGACCGGGCACUCUUUGCCGACCCUGAAAAGAAAGCUCUAUUUUCUGUGGCCAAACCCGUAGACUUGACUGAGUCAAUCGGUACCCUUCUCGAAGAUGUGCAACUGUCUCAGCUGAACGAACAGCAACUGGAUGAGUUGGCUCUUUUGGUGACUGAGAGGGGUGUGGUAUUUUUUAGGGAUCAGGACCUGACGACGGAAAAGCAAGUCGAGCUAUUUCAGCAUUAUGAUCGCAACACUCCAAUUAGGGCUAACGACUAUACAGGAUCAGAAAGUUAG